UGUGAGUACUGAGAGCUCCAGUUCCUCUGGUGAGGGUUCUGUAGGUGUUUCUCUGGCUCAGGUGUUUUAUGUGGAAUGACUUAGCAGUAGGAAAUGUUAGCCUUUAGCUACAAAUGCUUUAGUUUGCUUUAGUGUUAGCACUGUACAGAGAAGCACCUCCCUCAUCUAGAGAGAGAGAGAGAGAGAGAGAGAGAGAGAGAGAGAGAGAGAAUGAAAGGGAAGACAUCCAGCACUCGUAACGAUCAGACACUGAGAACUGUGAAAGACAGGCAUAGCGAUGAUUGAGCUCGGCCCUACGGAGGACGGCGGCAGCUAUGUAGAGGAGCUGAUGGAGCUCACAGCACAGAGUCUGAGUCACCUUGAGAUUAAAGAGCACUUCAACGUCAUCAAGGAGAUCGGCCGCGGCAAAUACGGCCGUGUGCUGCUGGUUACUCACCGCUGCAGGGGGACACCCAUGGCACUGAAGGUCCUGCCCAAAGCGUCAACCAAACUGAAGGGAUUCCUGCGUGAGUACUGUAUCUCGCUCCAUCUCUCCUCUCACCCGUGCAUUGUGGGGCUGUUCGGAAUCGCCUUCCAGUCUGAUGAACACUACGGAUUUGCUCAAGAGCUGGUCGCCGGACGCGACCUGUUCGCUAUCAUCAAACCAAGGGUCGGGAUUUCUGAGUGUGUUGUAAAGCGCUGCGCUGUACAGAUCGCCAGUGCCUUGGAGUUCAUCCACCGCUUAGGACUGGUGCACCGCGACAUAAAGCCUGAGAACGUGCUGCUUCUGGACACCCAGUGUCGCCAUGUGAAGCUGGCUGACUUUGGCUUGACCCAGAAGCGUGGCACUCUCAUCCGCUUCAUCUCAAGCACGCUGCCUUACAUGGCCCCAGAGCUGUGUGCCAUGGUGCUGGAGGCUGGCCAGGAAACUCCUAAAGCGCCACCGCUCAGCAUAACACCCAGCCUAGACACCUGGGCUUUUGGUGUGCUGCUUUUCUGCAUCCUUACAGGAUUCUUUCCCUGGGAAUACUGCACAAGCGAUGAUUGCUUCUACGAGGAGUUUGCUGAGUGGCGGCAAAAGACAGAGACGACAGAAAUCCCAUCACAGUGGAAGAGAUUCACGCCGGCCUGUAUGGAGAUGUUCGCCAAGCUGCUCGCGUUGGAGCCUAACGACAGAUCCACAGCUGAUGUGGUGAAAGGGUAUGUUGGAAAGGACUGGGUGAGGCCAAAAUGCCCAAAUGCACUGGUGGGUGAAAGUGGAGGAAUAAGCAACAUGGCAGCACUGAGCAGCCCUUGCCGUAGUAGCCCUGUUCUCCAGUAAUGAUUCAUGUGACAUUCCAACAUAAUCUCAUUAAAAAAAAAAGUCAGGGUGAGGGGUGGAGAUUUGGGGCAUACCUAUUAGUUCAACUUUUUUUUUUUUUUUUUUUUUUUUAACUCAAAUGCACCUUUUUCACUAGAAGGGUUUUUACCAAGAGAGAUAAUAACACCAUUUAAAAAAUUAAUUAAGCUUUGAAAUUGUAAAAAAAUAAAUAAAAAUAAACUACAGUUUGUGUGCUGAUAUUGUUAUCCAAAUUAAGCCAGAAAUUCUGUCUGAAUUCUGACAUUUCAUUUGUUAAAAAAAAAAAAAAUUGAUGGGAUUUUUUUCUUUGCCAUUUAUGUGUAGCAGAGUUAGUGCAUGCCGUGAAAAACAAACAUCUUUCCUACUUUGCUACGUUUCUUAAGAUUACUCUGAAAAAAGCAUGAAAAUUAGCUUCUGGUAAUGUAUAGUGCAUGAAUAGGUUUAAAUAUUGUAUAAUUGCCCUAUUACAGUUUUAUUAUAUUGUCGCCUUUGCAUUAAACAAU